UCGGCCUGAUAGUCCCAGUCUCAUCCCCGCUACUCCAGCACACGUGAUCGCCGCCGCCGCCGCCGCCGCCUGCUACCCACACCAUGGCCCAGUCACUGCCUCGGCUAUCUGUUCCCGCGGUGCUGGCCCUGGGCUCGGCCGCACUGGGCGCCGCCUUCGCCACUGGUCUGUUGCUGGGGAGACGGUGGCCUCCGUGGGGAUCCAGACAACAGCGCCUGCUGCCCCCCGAGGACAGUCCCCUGUGGCAGUAUCUGCUGAGCCGCUCCAUGCGGGAGCACCCGGCGCUGCGGAGCCUACGACUGCUGACCCUGAAGCAGCCGCAGGGGGAUUCCAUGAUGACCUGUGAGCAGGCCCAGCUUCUGGCCAACCUGGCGCGGCUCAUCAAGGCCAAGAAAGCUCUGGACCUGGGUACUUUCACGGGCUACUCCGCCCUGGCGCUAGCCCUGGCGCUUCCCGAGGCUGGCCGCGUGGUGACCUGCGAGGUGGACACGGAGCCCCCGGAGCUGGGGCGGCCCCUGUGGAAGCAGGCCGAAGCAGAGCACAAGAUCGACCUUCGGCUGCAGCCCGCCCUGCAGACUUUAGAUGAGCUCCUGGCGGCGGGAGAGGCCGGAACCUUCGAUGUAGCGGUGGUGGACGCGGACAAGGAGAACUGCACCGCCUACUACGAACGCUGCCUGCAGCUGCUACGCCCUGGAGGCGUGCUCGCCGUGCUCAGAGUCCUGUGGUGCGGAGAGGUGCUGCAACCUAAACCCAGGGACAAGGCUGCUGAGUGCGUGCGGAACCUGAAUGAGCGCAUCCUGCGAGACGCCAGAGUCUACAUCAGCCUCCUGCCCCUGGGUGACGGGCUCUCCUUGGUCUUCAAGAUCUAAGAACCCCAGCCAGUGACCCUAGUUUUAAACCUGACAAUAAAAGGACUAGGACACACCA